AUGUCAAGUGAACCCCUGUUACCGGUAAGUCAGAACACAAAUCAAACUGGUACUAAACAGAUUAAGGUUAUAUUUUCAGAUGAUACAAUACCCACAUUAGUGAUUUCUCAUAUACCGUCUGAUAUAGAUUAUAAAUGGUUGAGACGUAAUAUUAGAUCAUUGAGAUCACAACAAUGUGGCGAUAAAUCUUUAAAAUUUUUGAAAAAUGGGGUAUAUAUCAACGAAUCACGAUUUAAAUCAAGUUUAUCGAAAUAUUUUAAUACAAAUGGCCCUAACAAUAAUCCAUUUUUCAUUCAUUGUAUGGUUGGUAUUGAAUCAUUAUCACCUUCAGAGUUAAUUAAUGAUGAUUUAAGGGAUGAUACAUUGGGUGGAACAAACCAGAAUAAUGAUAGUUCUGAACCUAUGGGUGUUAUUGGGUUUGAUAGAUUGCGUGGACUAGGUUUUUCAGAUGAAGAGAUUAAUUUAUUAAGACAACAAUUCCAUGCUGCAUAUAUGGAUGAUGAAAAUUCUGGUGGUAAUAAUGGAAAUGGAAAUGAAAAUGGAGAUAAUUUAAAUCCAAACACUGAUAUGGACAGAGUUAGAGAACUGGAAGAGAGAUGGAUGGAAAAUGAUGUUAGAGAUGAUGGCGCAGAUGAACAAUUUAACUCUAUACCCAUAGGAAAUUUCAAACAUAACAUUGAUUUGCUGAUUGGUAUAACGAUCGGUUUCACACUAGGCAUAUUUAGUUUAAUAUUAAUACGGCAAGAUGGGUUAUUUAACAGAAGACAAUUAAUGGCAAUAUAUGCAGGUGUUAUGAUAAAUAUUGUGGUAUGUUUUACUAGAGUAUGA